AUGCCCCGCGCAGCAAAGGCUACAACUUCCAGGCGGCACGCGCCCGCUGCCUCUCUCACCAAGCGCUCCUUCGCCGUCGCCGACUCGCAGGUCGCCGAGCAGGUCCUCCCCGGCUCCGCCCCCGCCGUCACUAUUGCCGACCUCGCCGAGGCGCCCAAGAAGACAAAAGUCGAGAAGCCCUUCCUGGGUGCGAUCCAGGCCGGCGCCGCGCUGCACCCUUAUUCGCGCUCCCACAUCAGGCGCGAGAAGCGCAAGGCCAAGGAGGUCGUCGGCGGUGGUCUUGACAGUGUCGCCGCUGCUCUCGCCGAGGCCGCUGGCGAGGUUCCCGUCCCCGAGGCGCCUGUGCCCAAGAGCAAGGGCCACGCGCGUGUUGUCGACGACGUUCCACAGAAGAGGAAGCAGGAGCCCGACGGAAGGAUCGGUGAGGGCCGCACCAAGCCCCUGGCCGAGAAGCAGCGCAGGAAGCAGAUUGCCAACAACGCGCGCCGCAUCCCCGCCGUCAUGCAGCACCCGGCCUUCAAGGCCAACCCGUGGGCGACUAUCCGCGAGCACGCGGCCAACUCGCUGGCGACUUCCGAGGCUGUCACGAGCGUUGCCGAGCGCAAGGCUGCGGCCGAGACUGCCAAGUCCAAGGCUGCCGAGAACCUCGCUGUUGCCAUGAGCGGCAUCGAGUAG